UAAUACAAUUAGUUUUCCUUAAUAUUUUUACUAACCAGAGAUAUUUUCAUGAAUAUUUUUUCAUUUUUAGGUUUGAGUCACUUUCUAGUAGCUGUUCAGAUAAUAGAUUUCAGGGGCCUGCUCCAUCUCGGUGGCAGCAACAACAGGUACACCAGCAGCAAGCACAUGGAAGUGAUGAACUGCCACCAGCGGAUCCCGUGAUUCUUGACCUCAUAGCACAGGAUACAGUGAAGACUGUUAGAUUACCUGAUGUACACAAGGAAGUACGUUUCUAUGGUGACACAGCUGUAGUGAUGCUAGCAUCGGAUGAUCCAAGAGAAAUUUGUUUCCAGGAUGGUGUCCGGAAGGUCACAUUUGAUGACAGAGAGUUUGUGCUGUGUUCUUUGAAUGACUCAUAUAAAGAGUGUAUUAUCUAUGGAAGUACACACAGGAUACGACUUGGUGCACCAACCCGUGAACUCUAUGUUGAUGGCAAGUGGUAUGGAUGUUCCUUUGGUGGUCCUCCAGUUACAGUUGAAAUUGGUGGGAAGAAGCAUAUUGUCAAGUUGGAGGGUCCACCUCCUGAAGUUAAAAUUGGCUUGAAGCGGACAGAUCUGGUGGCUGGCAAGAUAUAUUUAAUCAUUGACAACAGCAAAGUGGUACCUGUGUUCUUAGAUGCCAA